AUGUAUGACAAAAUAGUUGUUAUCCUUUGCUUCAUUGGCAUCGGUUUUGCCGACUAUUUAUCAUUAGACGGCAACGACUGGAAUGCCAUUACGAUUAAAGUUGGGGCAAAAGUACCAGGAAGUAUAUACUCGGACCUCAGGAGAGCACAGGUUCUCAAACAGGACUUAUUGUAUGAGAAAAAUGAUGUCAACUAUCGAUGGGUUGCUUACGAUAACUGGACAUAUGAGCGCACAUUCACUGUGGAUUCAAAACUACUAAACAAGAAAAAUAUCAAUUUAUUGGCCAAUGGUAUCGACACUAUUAGUAGUGUUUAUAUUAACGACCAAUUGAUCGGCAAAACAGACAAUCAGUUCGUGAGAUAUGUCUGGGAUGUGAAGAAAGUGUUAAAAUCGGGACAAAACACAAUACGACUGGCCUUUCAAUCGGCGCCUCUUUAUGCCAAACAAAAGUCUGAAGAAUUUAAACAGAAAUAUAAAUAUGCAGUUCUGCCGGAAUGUGCCGCAUAUAACGGUGAAUGUCAUUUUAAUUUUAUUCGAAAAAUGGCCGCAUCUUUUAGUUGGGAUUGGGGCCCGGCGUUCCCAACACAGGGUAUUUGGAAACCCAUAGGAAUUGAGGCCUUCGAUAGUUUGGAGAUCAGAGAUAUCACUAUUGAGACGAUUCCCGACCCGAAGAAUGCCAGUCAAUGGACACUAACUGUUAAUGCAUUCUUAGAAUCGGCACCAAAACAAAAAAUAAAUGGCAUUUUGGACAUUAAAUUAGAUAAUAAUGUUUUGAUUAAUAAACAAAAACAAACGAUUGAAACGGACGGUCAGGGAAAAGCCAAAAUGAUGAUUGUCAUCUUUAUCACUGACAUCCAAAUCAUCACUUGGUAUCCAAACGGUGUUUCAGACAAUACACAGAAGUUAUAUCAACUCAAUGUCCAAAUAGAUGUCAAUAAAGAAGUUUCGACACAAACCAAGAAAAUUGCCUUUCUAUGCGAAGGGAUCGAAUUGGGUCCCAACCAAUGUCCUGACGGAAGACAUCACUCCCGAGUACUUGAGACACGUCUUAGGAUCAGCUAA